UCGUUGGGAGGGCUUCAAACAACUCACUUCUUCUUGUUCCAACAUUUUCGUCGAAAUUUAUUUCACGGUGAAUGAAGGAUGUUUUACAAUAAUUGUAGUCUGGCUUAGAUUCACUUGCUUGGUUUGUUGACGGACGUGUAGCUGGCUUGCCAUUGUCGGCGAGUCCAAUUAUUUAGAGGAUGGCAGUCGAAGCUGAUGCAUUUGUUGGCUUAUUACAGCAACUUUUAUCCGAGAACAACGAUGCCAGGAACGCUGCAGAAAAAUCUUACCAAAGUUUGUCUAUGAGCGUGCGUGUUCCUGCUCUUCUGAAUGCAGUUGGAAGCCCCGCAUUGGCCGCUGAUGAAGGAACUGUCAUCAGGACACUGGCUGCAGUUCUUCUCAGAAGAGUUUUUGUUAACGAGUACUCCAGCUUUGAGAAAGAAGCGAGUGUAGAAUUAUUUACUCAAGCGAAGAGUAUACUUCUUCAGUUGAUCGAACGUGAAACACAGCCUCUUGUCAGGCGAAGAAUAUGUGAUGCUGUGGCUGAAUUUGCACGGUGUCAGCAAGAUGACAGUGGCAAUAAUCUGUGGCCUGAGGUGCUCAGUUCCCUAUUUCAAUUCGGUAGGUCAGAGCGUGGCGAGCUCAGGGAAGCAGCUCUUCACAUCAUUGCUUCGACGCCGACAGUAUUUGGAGAGCAGCGUAAUCACUAUAUGUCAGUUAUCAAGAGCUUACUUGUAGAAUGUAUGAGCGAUCCACAUACCCCUGUGUCUUAUGCAGCAUGCAAGGCCACAGCUGCUUUUCUGGGUUCGCUGCGUAACGAUGCUGGCCGAAAUGGAUUUGUGGACAUGAUCCCUGGCAUGGUGCAAGUAACAGCGAAAAGUGUCAGUGAUGACUCAGUCGAUGAUAGCCUUCUGCAGUCGUUCUUAGAUUUCUGUCAACGGCAACCAAAGAUGCUGCGCGGAUGUCUUGAGCAAAUUGUUAUUCUCAGCUUGAAAAUUGCUGGCACAGCAGACCUGGAAGACAAAGUGCGGCAAUUAGGACUGGAGAUUGUCGUUACGCUCGCUGAAGAAGCUCCGGCCAUGAUUCGUAAGCGGGCUGGAAAUUACCUGCAGAACAUUGUUCAACAAAUACUCUCUUUCAUGGUAGAUGUUGAAGAUGAUGACAAUUGGGCCGACCAGGAUACACCAGAUCAAGGAGAUGAGACCACCAACUCUGUAUAUGGCGAAGCAGCAUUGGACCGCUUGGCAAUGUCCUUAGGUGGCAAAUGUAUCCUGCCAUUGGUUAUGGUUGCGCUGGGACCAAUGCUUGCCAGUCCAAAGUGGGAGCACAGAUACGGUGCACUGCUGGCUGUUUCGGCAAUGGCGGAGGGUUGUCACAAGCAGAUGCUUCCCCAUUUGCAAGAGAUCUUAACCCGCGCGCUGCCGUUUCUUCAAGACAGUCAUCCUCGUGUUCGCUUCAGUGCUUGCAAUGCUAUUGGCCAGAUGGGCAUUGACCUUGCCCAGGAUAUUCAACGCAAGUACCAUUCCACUAUCAUCCCAGCCAUCCUCAUGGUCAUUGAGUCACCACAAACAGCGCGAGUCCAGGAACAUGCCUUCUCUGCCCUGAUCAAUUUCGUGUCGUACCUUCCGCAGAAUCUCCUCAUCCCAUACCUCAGUCCGAUAUGCAUUAAAGUAGAGGAGUUGUUUGGACGGGCACUGGAUGAUCUGGUUGCGCGUGGUCGUACUAUGGUUCUACAGGCCAUCAUUCUGCUUAUCACCACGCUUGCUGAUGUAGCGGACAAGCACUUUGAGCCCCAUUACGACCGCUUCAUGCCACGUCUCAAGUUCUUGCUUGAGAACGCAGUUUCCGAUGAGCUGAGAACCCUGCGAGGUAAAGCAAUUGAGUGCAUUACGACUAUUGGUGCGGCUGCACCAGAGAAGCUCCGACCCGACGUUGAGCCGAUCAUGGUCCUGUUAGUGCGUAUACUGAAGGAAAGCAACAGUGGAGAGAUGGAUCCCAGUGACCCCCAAAUCUCCUACAUGAUUUCAGCUUGGCCGAGAAUGGCAAGCAUUCUGCAGCACGAUUUUGUCCCAUACCUUGGACUGGUUCUGCCGAUGACGAUAGCAGCAGCGGAGCUGCAGCCGGAAGUCGUUAUUGUGGAGAGUGAAGAGGCCAAGGCUCAAUUCGAUGAGAAAGAUGGCUGGCAGUUCAUGACUCUGACUGAUCAACAGCGAUUUGGAUUGAAGACGGCUGGUCUGCAAGAGAAAGCAACAGCUGUCGACACCAUCACGUCUUUUGUACGGGAGCUGGGUGUUGGUUUUGCUGACCACGCUCCUCAAAUUGCCAAUGUAAUGUGCCCACUGCUGAAGUUCUACUUUGACGAGAGUGUGCGCCAAUCAGCUGCUGAGUGUCUGCCGCUACUGUUGAGCAGCGUAAAGCCUCAUGGCGAUGAAGCAAUGCAGUCAAUCUGGAUCAUCUUUCGAGAAGAGCUGUUCAGUGCAUGUGCACAUGAGCCUGAUCGCCAAGUUCUCUCCGCCAUGCUAUGCUCGCUCAGCGACUGCGUAGAUGUUCUGGGCUCAGUGGGAUUCAAUACCGAGGUUGUCUCAGUGCUUAUGGGGAUCAUCCUUGCUCGUGUAACUGAGCAUUUCAGCCGGCAUGAGGAGCGCCUUGCGCAGAAGCAAGAGGAAGAUCACGAUGAGGACGCCGACGAAGAUUUGGAAAUGGAGAGGGAGUCUGAUGAGCAAGUUCUGGGCAAAAUUACGGAUGUGCUGCAUGCGCUUUUUGCUGUCCACCGUGCCAGCUUGCUGCCGUUCUUCGACUCUCUUGUGCCUUUCUUCACACGGAUGCUAGAACAAGGUCGCACUUAUGAAGAGCACCAGUGGGCGUUGUGUGUAUUUGACGACGUCAUUGAAUUUGGUGGUCGUGAGUCGGUUCGCUACCAGCAAUUCUUCCUGGAGCCAAUGAUCGCAUUCAUUCUGGACGCAUCGAGUGAGGUACGUCAAGCAGCCGCUUACGGCGUCGGCAUCAUGGCUCUCCAUGGUGGUGAGGCAUACUACAAGGCUUGUGUCUCUGCUUUACCACGCCUAGCCGAAGCCUGUAGUAUGGAAGUGGAUCCAAGUGACUAUAUGUCAUGCUGCGCCAAUGAGAAUUGCAUCUCAGCCGUCGCCAAGAUUUGCCGCACUCUACCAGAAGGUGUACUCAACCUUGGCGACAUUCUACCACAUUGGUUAUCAUGGCUGCCUAUCAUCAACGAAGAAGAGGAAGCACCAUUUGUGUACGAGUACCUCUGCGAGCUUAUUAUGCAGAAUAAUGUGUACAUCCUGGGGGAGGAGCAUGUUAAUCUACCGCGUAUCGUCCGUGUCUUUGCCAGAGCCCUGGGCAGUGAGGUACUGGCCGAUGCACCGGCAAUUGUGGAGCAGAUGAUCACGAUCUUGAAGCAGGUACGCAGUUCGCCUGAUACUUGGCAAGCUAUCCUUGGUUUGUUGCCAGAAGAUGAGAGAGCUGUUGUGGAAAAGCUGUGCACAGCAUAAGUUGCAGUUUGCCUGCAUCUGGAUGCUUUUCUUUACCAUUUUAGGUCACCUCCCUGGUGACAGGGCUGUGCAAUUGCAGCCUUGUUGAUGUGUUUAUUUAUCAUAAUAGCAAUGACUUUUGGCAGCAUUGAGAGACCCGAACAGAUGCCUGCAUGAAACAUACUGGACUUGGUCCUCGGCAUGAAAUAUUAGUACUACAGCUUUGCUGUUCUAGUCUAGAGCAUGAAAUUUUCCCUUUCCCUUCUUUCUACUCACACCAUCCUUUCACUCUCAUUUCCUGAAGGAAGAAGAAGCUGUGCUAUCUGCGCAGUCCGUCCCUAUUGAGAUUCAUUCAUCUUUAGUUUAGAUUUUAUUCUUGCUUUCAACUAUCUGCAGCCCGUUUGGCGACGCAGGCAUAUUGAUGCAGCUUUGCUGAUAGUUGACUUUUUGAUUGGCUCGAUCUAGUCCUACAACUUUUCUACUGCUAUAGUUUUCUGUGCUGUGGCCACGGUAAUGUGUUGCUUUCACUUGAGGCGUGCAUUAGUAUCAUCGGGUCUCCUGUGUUCUAACACCUGUUCUGCCUUUUCUUUUUUUAUCUUAUUCUUGGCUCGAUGUAACUAUGCUAUCUGUUCUUUUGCUCUUGCCUCUACUGAUGAAUCUAGAACAAAGUCUUGUACAUACUUGCAUUACUUCUGAUGGUACAGCUCUUUGUCUUAUCUUUUGUUUUUAACAGUCUUGUGCUUCAACCUAUAGGCUAUACUGCCACUGUAUGUAGAUUUUUUUUGUACAAAGCUAACACUCUGCGGGUCUGUCUCGUUUGCCAAUCUCUAUCACAGUUUUUCUUGCAUAGUUAUAUUGGCCUGCAUUAUGCCAAGGCAGUACGAGUUGCACCGCAGCAGAUGUUGCAUGAACAUCUGCAUCUCCACCUAUCCUUGUGCAUACCAGUUGUUUUCCGUAAUGAUGUUUGGAUCUCCCAAUUACGGGGGACUACAUUGUAAGCGUA